CCUAUUUCUGCCAGUAUUUGUUUACUUCUGAUGGGAGAGGAUGCAUAAAAGCUACAAAGUGACAAAAUUGGUUAACCCUUGUGUCACCCAUUCCAACGCUGCUUUUCCGUCAUUCUUGCUUUAGUAUCAAUUGCUCUUUUCAUCGCCGCUUGAAGUGCUCUUGUUCUAGUACAAUAUUACUCUUACCAACGCUGCUUUUGCAAGUGCCCUUGUUUGGUAUGAAUUGCUGGCUUCUUAAACUCUUUCAAUCUCGCUUCGUGCACCCUUUCGAUCUCUCUUUUUUUCCAUCAACAUCAUCCGUUGCCUUAACAGACAGAUCGAAGAGAAGAUGUCAUCCAACGGCGACAAUGACUCGGACAGUGUGGGCGCAGUUCGUGACGACGAUAGUGUCCAUUACUCGGAUGGGGACAACAAUAUUCUGAACGGUCACCGUCGCCGCAGUGCAUCUGUGGACGUUGUUCGGCGACCCGUCUUCGGGGAAGAGGGUGAGCGAGGCGGUGGUGAAAGUCAAGGACAAGAACACGACCCAAAUUCCUGGGGACGGCCUGACAGCUGGAAGGACUUACCCAUGGCGAAGCUUGAUGCUCCGAAGUUCUGCUCAAGAUUGGCAAUGUUUACCUCUGCUCCGGUCACAAUCCUGGUUGGUCCUCAGAAAAUUACCUUUAACAUUCCGAAAGAUGUUCUCUGCCACCACAGCCGGUAUUUCGAUUGUUGCCUGAAUGGUGUUUUCAAGGAGGCACGUGAGAAUCAGGUCAAUCUCGAAGAGGACUCGGUUGAGGCCUUUCAGUUGAUUAUACAGUGGAUCUUCACUGGAAAUCUUGCUCUUCCUUGGGAUCUGAAUGUUCCAGGUCAGGUUGGGGCCAUCCUCGGGUUCUUGAAACUUGCCGACAAGCUUGACCUUCUUGGUUCGCUGUGCUCUGUAACGGAUAGUCUCCGGAAUAUCUUGAUCGCUUCUCGCUCUCGCCUUCAAACCCGUACCUCCUGUCAACGAACCUGGGGCCCCUGGACACCCUGCCGAGGUCAUCCAGAGGUCUGGCAACAUGGAACGCCUCUGACAUAUUGCAUCGACAACAGCAUUGAUCUCGACCCGCUCCGUGACAACGCCAUCACUGCACAGCACAUCCGUACAGCCUUUGAACUGCCUUAUGGUCAUGAAGCACGCUCGAUCAUCGUCAAUGCUUGUGUCUCUUCUUACUUGUUGACAGGCACGGCAGGAAGUGGGUGGGGCCCGCCGUUCAAAUUUCAGAAUGAAGUGGACAACAUCGAGGGAUUCUCUACUGAGUUGUUGGAGGCUGUGCGGAAGUCGGUUCAUCUCUUGGCGCUUCAGAACAAUCACAAUGCCUUAGUCAUUGAUCCACUUACUGCGGCCAACCUCAGUAUUUGAUGGGAGGCAAGCAGUGAGUGAUUUAGCCGGUACAAUCGUUCCAGCUGAAUUCCGAACAUUCUGUGAGGGGGGUGGGACAGAUAGUACCAAGUUGGGCAGAAAAUGAGAAAGAUGUCA